AUGCCGGGUGAGGGUCUGAAGUCGGCCAGUGAAUUCUUGAAAUCUACAGUUGUGGAUGAUGCCCAUCCCCAGGGAAUGUCAUUGCGAGACUAUCUCGAAACUCAAGCCAAUGCGAGAGACAACUUGAGUGCAGAGGAAAAAGGUCAAGCUUGGUUGAAGCUAUAUGACGUGAUCUCGGAGAACCAGGACUAUCAACGUUAUCUAUUUGACGGCUUUACGACUGAUGAUUUCGUGGAGCGAAAGGCCUAUGAUCCCGCCAACUUGGUAGUCCCUGACAGUAACCUACAAGGACCUCUACAUCCGCUUGUGGCUCGCAACAAAUGGUUGAAGACCGACCAUUUAGGCGGGGCAGAGACUAGUCCACGACAAUUGUUCAAUAUUAACGGAUACCGCGGUGAAUAUACUGCUUGGGACGACAUCAUAUGGGCCGCAUUGCAACCAACUCUUCAGAUGGUCACUCGAAUCUUGAAUUCGAAUCACCCCUAUUGGCAAGCAUUGCUCAAUUUAUAUGCUCGGUGUCCCGUCCAUUACGCCAGAGACUUGCGUGACCCACAUGAGAAGACCCGAGUGCCUAUUCGAGAUAAUCUGAGAUUGGCCGUGGAUCCUGCCUUCAUGUGGGAUGAGACAAGGAGACUGCGUGAUCUGAACUUUCCUUCAAUGGAGGUCACAUCUAAAGUCUUGCUGAACAAAAUUGAGUGGGAGUUUGGCAGUGUUUACCGUAUUACAGGUCAGGACAAGGUAUCAACGGGAAGUUAUGGCUCGACGACGUUCGAAAAACCGGGAGAUCCGCCAAUUCGGAUCCAGAUCGGCCUCGAGCUCCUUUUCCCACUUCUUGUACGGUCUUACACCCUAGGAGAGAAAGCGGUCUGCUCUUUCCUUGUGGCCGCAACUAUGCUCCAUGAGCUUGCUCACGCCGCGCAUUAUGCACAUGCGGCGCAGUUCCAGAAGGAUAAAGUUUGGGUGGGGAUCGAUUCUCAGUUCGGAAACUUUAGUCAAGAAGUCUUCCAAAAUCUUGAGAGCCUGGGCGACAAGCUUCUUGAUCGAUCAGGUAAAAACGAUGAGUGCUUUUUUGAGAAUGAGGAACAGGCCGAGAUGGGAUUUGCGUUUGAAAACAGGCUCUUCGGUGGUGUCCUUGAGACGCUUCCCCUGGUCAGAUUCAAGGGAUUGCAUUGGCAGACUGUCGCGGGUAUCAAGUCACGAUGGCCACAAGCGGCCCCGAAUCCUCAUCCAUCAGAGCUACAAGGCAGUGCGGACUUCCUCAACUACCCAUCGGCUCAUGCCAUGACUAUGGAAGAGGUUCUUCCUGUGGAGCUUUGCGCUCGCUUCUUCAGCAACGAAUUCUGGUCAUGCGAUGCUGUAAAGUACGGUUGGCAGUCUUUCAAGUUCUCCCCCCAGCAGCCCAACCUGGCGAGAGCGUACAGCCAAUUUCCGAGUUACGUUGAGAAAGGGGCUCUCUACGGCAGCCAGAAUGUCGCCGACUGGAUUGCGAUUGCCAAUGUAAGUCUUCGGGAAGCCGGCCAUAACGUGAUUGCGGACUACCUGAAGGCGUUGAGUUGGGAAGGCCUCGACGAAACAAGUACCAAGAGAGUCUGGACUUUUGAACAGUUGACAUGGGACGAGACGGAUACGCAGUUCAACCACCUAGUGAAAGCAGUGCAACGUGACGGCCCAGAGAUUAACUCAAGGCUGGCAUUCCUGCGCACUUCCCAGGUCGUGAUCAACAACGAGUUCGAACAAGAAAGGCAGCAAUGGAGAGCAGCGCAAGCCAGCGGCCAAGACGUGGGCAAUGUCGAGCCUACCAUGGAUUCUUUUAUUGAACAGCGCAUGUGGGAAUUAUUCCAAUACUUCGCCUUGCUCUAUCAGGACAUUGGAGAAAUCCAUCGUUGUCUGACGGCGGAGAUUACUUACCUACAGAACCUGAUAUACGACUAUCUCAGGGGUCGUCCUCACUCACGCCUUGCAAUCUGGAACGCGUUUGGAGGACGGCUUGCAGGUCGGAUGAGUGCAGUACAUAUGAAGUUGACCACGGGAUGUAUCGGGAUCUUGAGCCCCUUGGAACAACACGUUACUGAUCUCCUGCAUUUCAAUAGCCCGUGGCCGCCAAGGAUUAUAGAGGAGCUUCAGAAGCUCCGAGGGCUCUUCCAGAUGGAUCAAAAUCACAUACUACACGCCUUAGAGUUCCUCGACCCCAAGUAUAUUCAUGCCGACAUAACUCUCCCCGCUUUUGUAGGCGUCAUACCCUCGAGGAAGAAGAAGAAGUCAGAGAUGCUCAGAAACAUGGCAAUUCGCGAAAUGACACUCAUCACGGAGCCAGUUCUGAAAGAGGUGAUCGAGAUGUGGUACAGGAUCAUCCAGAAGCGGGACGAGUUUAACUCGGACACGGCAGGAUUCGAGGCGAAAGAGCUGAAGAAGGAUGUCGAAAAAUCCAUCAAGAAGCUCAAGACAGUGCUCAAGUCGCAGGGCAAGUCUCUGAAGAAAAUCAUUAACCAGGACGAGCAUGGGCCAACGAAGCUGGGGACUAAUAUCUUUGAUGUGUCCAAGAUCCUGAAAGACGCCAAAAAAGAGGGCAAGGCACAAACACAAGCCCCAGCUACUGGACAGCAACCGCAACCAGAGACUGAACAACCACCGAAGCGUGUCAAGUUCUCCGAGUUUCCACGAACACCAACCCCAUCGCAGUGGAAUCAAAGGGCAACAGUUCCUUUCUCCACCCAAGCAGGCUUUGGCCAGUUUUCGGGUUUGCCAGGAGGAUUCAACGCUGGUGCACCGCAGCAAGGUCUAUUCACCAGCACCAACCAGGCGUGGCAGCCCUCCCAGCCCAUUGGUGGGAACACGCCUGCCAUGUUCGCUCCAUUCCCGCAUCCUUACGCCACGAGAGAGACAACUACUGAAGACGUGCAGCUGGAGAGAGACGCACAGUUGCUUGCCGAUGUCAUGUUUGGUGGGCAGGCGCUGCAGAAUCAGUUCCAGCACGGUGUUCCCGUGACCUAUCAGACGUACAGGGAGGAGCAGCAGAGGGCUGCAUCAAAGUCCCCAGAGCCGAGUCCAGAACGGUUUCCGCACCCAGUGUAG